AUGUCGUCCAAGAAGCCUUCCGGUAAGACCCAGCGUUCGGCCAUCGCCGACGUUGUCGCCCGCGAGUACACCAUCCACAUGCACAAGCGCAUGCACGGUGUCACUUUCAAGAAGAGGGCUCCUCGCGCCAUCAAGGAGAUCAAGGAGUUCGCUUACAAGGCGAUGGGUACCACCGAUGUCCGCAUCGACCCCCAGUUGAACAAGAAGGUCUGGGAGCAGGGUGUCAAGGGCGUUGCCUACCGUCUCCGCGUCCGCAUCUCCCGCCGCCGUAACGACGAGGAGGGCGCCAAGGAGAAGCUCUACAGCUACGUCCAGGCCGUCAACGUGAAGAACCCCAAGGGUCUCCACACCGUUGUCGUUGAGGAGUAA